UCGCUCAACAAAGACAAGGAGUACUGACAAUCGAGCUACGGCCUCCUUUUAUCAGUCAAGCCGAACCGUGCGUGGCACGCGGACAUUUCCGUGUACUCUAAAGAGGGAAACCCGGCUUUUUUCUCAUCACACAUAAAGUGUACAAUAUUUAAUAACACUGGAAGUUCCGAAGUGCUUGAACUCAUUGUGGGUGAUUUUACGCGAAUCGUCGAAGAGGGUGCGCGUUAGACUUUGGAGUUACAGAGCAUUUAAGAGCAAAGUGAAACCAGACUCAUUGCUCAAACUGUUAGUAUCGUCAUUGUUACCAUUGUUGGCAGAUUCUCCAGGAACGAGGAUUCCACCGGUUAAAUUCGACACGCUGGCGCAGAUUAAAUGUGAGCUUUCUACAUCGAAGCUUGCGGAAAUAGGCAGAUCCGACGUGAAAUUGUCACAAGUCGAUCCUAAAGUGGAUAACAACCUACGUCAGCAUCGGAUUCAAUAUGGUGGUCGCUAUUCCGGACUCGCGAACUGAUCCGGUAUUGUUGAAUGGCAUAGGAAUAACAGUACCGAAUAACAGCAACAGUAGCAACGAUGACAAUCUAACAGACGAUACCAGAAGAGUCAGGGAUCAGGCCUUCACUAUACUUCGUGUCAUAACGCCGGCCAGUAAGAAUACCUAUACAUUGAAAUUCGAAAACAUGGACAAAACCAACGAUAAGAAACUAAACAUGGGCAACAUCAAUGCGGAACCUGUCGUUAUGAAAAAAGUCGCCGCGGGUUUGAAGACAAUCAACGGUCAAAAAGAUAAGAAAGACAUGCCUGGCGGGAACGGAUCUCUUUCCAGCGGUAGCUCCAUGGUGACAAUCUCUUCAGUUGCCAUUUCGGAUCCUGAUCCGGACUAUCGUGCAGACCCGAAUGGACAUGGAGACAAAAGAAACAUCAGGAAUGAAAAAUGGUAUCACACGAUUCUUCAAGUCUCAGUGCCUUUUUUUAUCGCUGGAAUGGGCACUAUCGGUGCUGGUCGCGUUCUCACUAGUGCAAAGGACUUGGAAGCUUUUAAAGAAGUCCCCCAAUUGUUAAUUCUCACUACAGCACUACAAGGUUUAAAGGGUAAUCUCGAUAUGUGCUUGGCGUCGCGAUUGUGCACUCAAGCGAAUUUAGGCAACAUGAAGGAUCGACGGGAGAUCAUCAAGAUGAUCAUCGGUAACCUCGCCUUGGUCCAGAUCCAAGCGAUAGUCGCGGCCAUCUGCCUAUCGCUAUUCGGAAUGGGAAUAGGCGCGAUCAAUGGAAACGGUUUCAUCUGGAAUCACGCGUUACUGUUGGCGGUUUCGUGCAUGUGCACAGCAACCAGUUCCUGCUUUAUCUUAGAUUUUGUCAUGAUUGCCGUAAUCAUGAUAUCUUAUCGAUUCAAGAUGAAUCCGGAUAAUCUAGCAACUCCUUUGGCUGCAUCUAUCGGUGAUGUUGUAUCCAUUAGUAUCCUCUCGGCCAUAGCCUCGGAAUUUUUCAGCAGAUUGAAAGUCGAAAUAUGGGUGCUAUACGUUGUUUUCGCAUUUUUUUUGAUAGUCUUACCAGUUUGGAUCCUGAUCGUAUUAAAGAAUAAAUACACGAGAAGUGUGUUGAAAUCCGGCUGGGUUCCUAUUCUAUCCGCUCUUUUAAUCAGUGGCGGAGGUGGAUUGGUUCUUGAAAGAAUGGUUGAUUCUUAUGAUGGAUUUGAAGUUUUCCAACCAGUUAUUAACGGAAUUGGCGGCAAUUUAGUAUCGGUGCAAGCGUCUCGAAUGUCAACUAUGUUACAUCAAUCCUCUAUCAUGGGAAUUUUACCGCCGCACGGAAAAAUUUGGGUGUUUCCAUGGGCGGCCCUCUUCGUAGGAUCGCCAUAUGCGAAAACCGCUAGAUUACUCGUUGCAAUGGCAAUUCCUGGUCAAUUGAUUUUCGUCUUCAUCGCCGAUGCAUUGAACCCAGGCGAUUGUACGAUGCAUGCAUAUUUCGUAAUCUCCUAUAUAGUCGUUUCAGUGUUACAGGUAAUGGUUCUGUUAUACGUUGCACACAUAAUUAUUCACGCAAUGUGGAGGUACAAAAUCGAUCCUGAUAACUCAGCGAUCCCCUAUUUAACGGCACUAGGUGAUCUCAGCGGAUCACUGCUCCUAGCAUUAGCCUUUUUCUUCACACAUUCGAUAAUAUCUCAACCAUAUUGUACCGAAAAAUGACUCCGUGAUAAAAUAUAAAACCGAAAUUUGAACUUAAAAGCAAGGUAGAUAUAAAUACAGCGCGCAAAGAAUUUUUAAUGAUGGCAAGGUUUGUCAUUAUAAAACGUCAAAAUCGUUGAUUGCAUGCUUGAACUAUCAAAACAAUACGAAUGCGCUGUCAUGAUAUGGCAUUUAUUCAGAGUGAUUCGCAAAAUCCAGCGAGAAGUGAUGGUCUAAUAAUAUUAACAAUAAGAUGUAGGACGAAAUACUCAGAGAUAUAUAUAUUUAUGUUGUUAAUUCUAAAAUAUAAAAAAGGGAGAGAGAAUUAUUAAUUACAUUGUUUGCAUAAAUACAUGAUCUGCAAUUGACGAGACAGAAGCCAUUCAAAUCGAUCAGUCAAGCUCAAUACGAUAAUUUUUUAGCUAUAAUUGUUGAAAGCAGAGUUUUUUGAUAUAUCACGCUUUUUUUUUUUUUUGACGCAAGGUAAAGAACUUCUCGCAAAUCGAGGUCUAAUCAAAUUAAAAGCGAACAGGAAUUCAAAGAGAGAAUCUAAAAGGGAAUUAAAAGCAUUUUAAAUUUUUGAAAUAUUUAUAUAUAUUUUACAAGUUUGAAAAUUAUUAUAAAUUUUGAAGAUUCCAUUGAAAGCGUUACUUUGCGUUUUAGAUAUAUAUUCAUACUUGCGUUUCUUUCGACGAGAGUUAAACGUCAGACUUAGAAUAGAAGGAAACACGGUCGCAUUGUGAUGUGUUUUAACUAUAAGCGAUAAUGAUCAUAAUUUAUAAAACGGUGACCGUGAAGAAAUAUGAAUAAGCGAAUAUUGUUGCCAAGGAUUCCGUAUUGUCCAUGUUAAGAGAUUUAUUACAAGAUAUUCGGAAUAUUUGUUUUGUCGCGGCGAAUGAGACAUUAUUUAAUUGUGCAAUCAUAUACCUGCAACGCAAUUGCGGUUCAAUUAAAGCGGCGGCUCGAUUUAUCUGCUUACUAUUAAAACAAAUGUUGAUUGUCAUUUCUCAUCACUGCCAUACAUAUAUCUUAUUUAAUUACGCAAUAUGUCUUCAGAACACACGUUGCGUAAGGCUUGGACAAUGCCGAGUAAUUAGAUUAUAUCAAUUAUUUGUCUUUAAACGCACGCGAGAAAUUCGCAUUUCGAUUAUUCAUUCUUAACCCGUUCAUAAGCGUCAUAAAAAAAAAAAUAUUUCACACUGCUUGCGACGGAAAUUUUUUUAUUAGAAUUAUCAUUUAGUAUUUUUAAAUUUAUUAAUAUAAUUUUAUUAAUAUCUCUUUAUUUAUUAUAAAAACUUUUAAAAAAUUAAAAUAUUUGUUGCAAAUAAAAUUAACAGAAAGAAUUGCAACGAAAGUUAAUAUUCAAUAUGCUACAAUAAUGUGAAGUUUAUUCAAAUCAUUUAUAAAGAUAUUUUUUUAAAAACAGAUUAUUUUUAAAUGUUUAAAUAUUUUUUGUACAUAUUUUAGUUAUAUAUUUUUUAAAUAAUUCCACAAUCAUUGAAAAGAAUUAACGAUCGUGAAUUUGAUCUUGUAUAGAAAUUGUUCAUGUUUGCUGGAAUUUGACAAAUUCAAGCAAUUUUAGCCAAGAAAAUAAUAUAAAUAGACGUUAAAUGUAUUUUAUGGAUUUAUAUUCUUUUAGCAUAUAUAUGUUCUAAAUUAGAAUACAAAAAAUUAAGUGAUUAAAAUAAUUUUGAAGAAAAUAUAUAUAUAUCUCAUAUUUUAAUAAAGGAUAUAAUUGAAGUCUGGCGUAUUUCGUCAAAUGAAUGCAAAGUUAAUGCGUUUUCCCAACAAUAUUGUAAUGUUUUAGUAUUAUUCACGUUUUAAUGUAACAUAAUCACGGACAGAAGAUCCUUUAAUUGCUUACCUGUCUUUCCAAUAAGUGUAAAUAUACAUAAAUUGCAUGUA